AAGGCUUUCAAAUAUUAAUUUCCUUAGUGCUUGUUAUGUUACAGUGGUGAUAUAAUUUUGUAAUGUAAGAAAAGGAUUGGUUUAUUCAUUUGUGUUAGUUCUCUUGUCAAUUGUCUCUUUAUUUCAUAAAACAGACUCGAAAUUAACGAUCGUUUCUUUGCGUACUGGAUUGAUUUAUAAAGUCCUCAAUUGAGAUGCGAGGCAAAAGAAGGAAUAUACGUAUGGAUAUAUUUCAUUCAUCGGUUUAACGAGACAUAAUUGUCACAAUGGCGUUUCCGUGUAUGUGCGAGCGUCCAUCCAUCCGGACUGAAUUUGUCCGGGCUGUCUCUGGACCAUGCAUCAUAGGAUUUUCAAAAAACUUGCCAUGAAGAUUAACCAUAAUGAGGCGGAUUGUCGCGCACAAGACCCAGAUCUCUACAGCAAAGGUCAAGGUCAAGGCUGGAGGUCAAAGGUUAAAAUUGUCCUUGUAUAGGCUGUAUUGUCACUAUGCGCUAUAGGAUUUUCAUAAAAUUUGCCAAGCAAGUCCAUCAUGAUGAGACGGCGUGUCGCGCACAAGACACCUUAAAGGUCAUGGUUAAGGUCAGAGGUCAAAGGUGAAAUGAUCCUUGUCCGGACUGUAUCCUGACAAUGCAUUAUAGCAUGAAAAAACAACCUGCCAUGAAUGAUCAUUAUGAGGAGGCGGCCUGUCAUAGAAAAGACCCAGGAAAGAACAUUGUGCCAGUGUGAAAGGAUCUUUAAACGGGCUCGACUUUUGCGCACAUUUCUGGAACACAAUAUCAACGACGUCAUUUUUGAAAAUGACAUUACGUUCGCAAAUUUCCUAUAAAUCUUUUCAAGGAAUAUAAUAAAAAGAGACACAAGUUUAGUUCUGUUGACGUCCGGCACUUUGUGAUCAACGCCCGUGACAGGAACACUUGACAUUGAGCCACCAACGAGGGGGCACAUAGCCAUGUCAAAAUAGAUGUGUAGAUGACAUUUGUUCUUGGAAAUUAUUAGAUAUCAUGUCUGUUUAUUAAUAUGGCUGACGAUGAAUGUGCAAGCACAUUACUCAAUGCCGAUAAUAUUGAAAAGUUGGUUCAGACGUAUACAACAACGUUUGUUAAAGAAACAAUGAAUGAUUUUCAUGCUCACUUUAUAUCAAAACUUGGAAGGGAAUGCAAUCAGUGCACAACUGAGGAGAUUCUUCAUUCAACUUGUCCAAAUAAUGUUUGCCAUGAAAUACGAGAUGCUAUACAAAAACAUCAUAGAACCAGAUCUCCAGCAUGGAACAAUACCAACGCAGAAUGGUGGUGCACAUAUUACUGGCAGGUCGUGAAAUGUUUUCUACCGGAGAACAUACACUUCGCUAAUGUUAAAUCAGCAGAAGAGACUAGCCUAUUCGGACUACUGCACAUUAUAUAUAACUGCACACAGUUUAACAUUAAUCAAAAAGAGUUAAACGACAUUUGGCAGCUGCUUUCGUCCAUAUCAGAAGAGGAAGAUCCAAAGCUGUUUUCUAUGAGUAAAUAUGAGAUAGACGAGUACAUUGACUGUUUGCAAUCGUUUUUGGAAACGAUAACACCGGUGGAAAAACACGACAUUAUAGCUAAUCAGAUAUUAGUGGUCAAGGAACACCCAACAUUUUUCGAACGGACUACUCAUUUCACUAUAAUUGAAGCAAUACAGAUCAUUUCAGAUCUAAAGGAAGGUUUUUCCACCUAUUUUACUGAAGUACCUUCCAGACAGUUUCGAAGAAGUGUUUCUUCGGGCGAACCCUUUGUAAAAGAAACCACCGCCGACGCUCUAGAAAAGAUACACUUAAAACUGAAAACUUCAGAAAAGUCAUCGCUAAAACAAAUUGAGCUAAAAGGGAACGAAAUUUCACAAACUUUGUACCAAACAUUGCAAAAAGCUGAAGGGGAACGCAAAGCAGCACACCACAGACUCACAAUUGAUUAUCAAUCACUCUCAGCGGAACAGGGCUGUUUAAGAGAACGAUUGGAAAUGUGUGAAAGUAAAUUUUCCGACUUAUCAUUAGCAAAGGUGACAGACAAGAGACGGAAAUUUGUCUUAGACAGCCAUAUCUUGCCUUCACACCCUGCUGUAGCAGACUGGACAAGAAAAAUAUGUGUAGCAGGCAUAUCACGACGAGAAUUGAAACCGCCAGAUAUCAGACGAACAUGCUCGGAAUCAAAUCUUUCAAAUUUGCAAAGACUGCUUCAAAAAGAAACCGUAGACAUUUGUAAGAUUUCAAACAAACAAAGACUUAAUGCUUCAUUGUAUGAAGAGGAUCUUUGUUCAAUGAGAAAAGAAACGCAAGAAAUAUGUCAGAGAAUAAAGUCACUGGGUCCAAAUAUUCUUGAUGUUUAUGCUGCAUAUAAAUAUCCAAAGUGCGAACCGCCCUCUGUUGCGUUCAUUGUUACUGUGAAGAAUAAUAAUGUAAAUUUAAAACAUUUGUCGCAAUACAACAUCGUAAAGCGCACAGUACAUUGUUAUAGCAAUGAGGGAAGGGAUGUUUUAUACUCUGAAUGCAACAAGCAAUAUCGAGUGAAAGCUAAAGACGAACAAAGGCUUAAAGCGUCAAUAGAAAGAAACGAAACUCUGCUUAUGCAGAGACAUAGAUACUUAAACAUGGUCAGCGGAAGUGCAGUUAGGUCAAAAGGUUACAAAGACAAACACCUUAUCGAACCAACCGUAUGUCUAGUUUUGUACGUUCACGCGAAAGGGUAUGUUCCCAUUGACGAAACACCCUUUCGGAACAAUUACGAUGACAUUCCUGUUGACGUGAGGGAGGGUGGGUGUUGGAGGUUAAGCAAUCCAAUCAACAUUGGCGAAUUUAUUCAACGAGACGGAGUUGAUAAGGUCGGAAGCAUUGGAGGUUUCUUUGAACUACCCUCUGUUGGUCUUUGUGGAAUUACCUCCGCUCAUGUUCUUCUAAAUGAUCAGGAGUUCAUGCAAUGUAAACAGGAAAGGCGUUUUACUGCAACAGGCUCUCAACAAGAGUUUCGAAUACAUUCCUCGGGCAAUGAAGAUAUUGGUCGACUUAUUUCUGCCAUGUAUGAGGAAGGAAAUGAUCGUGAAACUGGGUUUGAGGUCGCCAUUUUUCACAUUGAGCGUCCUUUUCCGUUUGAAGGAGUUGGUACCUCAUUUCAAGGACGAAAUCUUGAGGGAGAUAGUCAACAUACAGUAGAGUACUCUUUUGAAUCUGGACAGAUAUUGGAGAACAGACAUUUUUAUCCGGAUUAUAAAUGUUGCAAAUAUGGCAUGUCGUCUGGGUUUACAAUAGGUGAACUUAUCAGUGCUAGUGAUGGUGUGGGUUGUUUAUCCAUCCAAGAAAUGACCUUUGACAAAUUGCCACCAAUUGUUUUGCGCAAACAGUACGAAGUUAAAGCAUUUUCAGAAGACGAAACGUUUGCAACUUUUGGGGAUUCAGGAGCCUUAGUUUUUUGUUGGCGAGACUCCAGAGAAUUAGUUUGUAUAGGGAUGAUAGUUGCGUGCACAUCCCAACAUACAACUGUCGUUUCCCCGAUCGCUCCUUUUUUAAAACAGUUAGGAAUUUCUAAAAUGAAAAUUUUUAAAAAAGUGAAAAAUGAGCGACUGAUUGAAACAUUAUGUACUGAAGUUAAAACAUUGAACGAAAAAGUAAAUCAGAUACAUUUAGGUAUCAAUGCACUUUUACAGCGUAAUCCUCAUCAGAAUGCAGCCUCAGAAAAUAGAACUUCAGAACAGACGGACAACGAUGACUCUGGGAUGGUAGUUGAAUGAUAAGGUAUUGCUCCCCAAGCAAAGGACAGAAUCACACUCAUUUCGAAAUGAAAUCUGAUAAACGGUUAUUUUUAAGGAGUUAUAAAUCGAAAAAAUUAUAUCGUAAAUUUAUUUAUAGACAUGCUAAGCGACAAUGUUUUUUUAUUAUAACAAAACAGUUCAGGGAUGGAGUUGAACCAAUUAUAAAUCAUUCUGAUACAAUUAUAUGGCUGAAAUUUCAUAAUACAUUAUUUUAAAGAGCAUAAGAUAUUUAUGUAUGUGGACUUUUGGGGUGAUGAUUCGCCUAUAAACAAUACUGCUUAUGUUAUUGACAUUGAAGAAAAUGAUCUGUUUUAUUAUAAUUGUAUUGGCUAUGUAAUUGCAUGCAUUGAUUUAAACAAUAGAUUUAGAAUUAAAAAAGAACUAAGUAUUAAACUAUAGAUGAAAUUGUUUAAUUGACAAUCUUAAUUAUAAUUUUGAUUGUAGCCCUGACAGGUCUUUAAUCGACAGAUAAAAUAGUAGUCAAGGGUCAAAUUGUUAGAUUUUGUUUCAGAAUGAAGCUUUCGUAUUAUUUAAGGCCGUAUUAGUAACAUUUUUUUACAACUUUUAAAGAUACAAAUAGUCUAAAAGCCAAGACUAUGACUAAAAACUGUAAAUUAUGUGUUUGUUACCUGCAAUAAUGCAGCAAAGUAUUUUGGGUUCACUAAGAGUUAGAACGAAUGCAUUUAUUUUUGUAAAAUAUUAUUUAGAGUGAAAACUUAUGUCUGAAAUUCAAGUGUUUAUGAGGAAUAAGGCCACAAACGUACACAGAUAAGUGCGUUUUGUACAACAUUGGGUCACGGUUGUUUAUUUAAUAUUAUUUAAAAUAAAACAAUAUAUCUGCUAGCUCUGUAUGUUUAUUUUAAAGGCUGUCGUUGCUUGGUGUAUACUGUUGAAAGUAUAUUAGAUAUAUUUGUUUUCAUUAUGUUAUCGAUCAUGUUCUGAAUUCAUCUAAGUAAUCAAAUGUAGAAUUAGUGAUUUGUUUGGACAAGAAUGGUAUGGUGCGUAAGAGGAUUGCACAGUGUUAGAUGUUUAUAGAACUUUCAAGACCAGUUUAGAAUAUGGAACUUAUUUAGGUAUCUAAAGGUUGUGUGAGGUUGUGCACGCAAACUGGUUAAAAUCCCGCGUAAAUUUACAUAUUACUCACUGUUUCAAGGCGGUACCCUACACUCCUUGAUAAACACACCUAGUUUUUAAUAUAGUAUAUAUGCUGGUUUAUUGGUUUGUGCUGUUGUUCCAUGUUUCUUGUUUGUGAAAUUGUUCUUGUGUUCUAUGUCUUUGGCGUUUGCCCUGUGCCAUUAAACGUGGUUUAUGUUUAAACUUUUCGCUACUGAGCUUGUUUCUGUAGUUUUUCAUAUAUUUAAUUCUUAGGAGUUUAAGAGUUUUGUUUUGUAAAUUAUGAGUAUCUAUACAUCAAUAUCGUAUUCAAGUUGGUAGAUAUGCAAGAAAUAACAAAGCUUGAAACGAAAGAUAUUGUCUGUGUUGAAAUUAUAUUGAUAUGGAAGAAGACGUUCACAUUUUUGUGUUUGUCCUUCUUUUAACGAUAUCAAAAAUAAAAUAUAUGGAAAAAACGUACAAUUGUAACGAUCCAAACAUAGAAUAAAACUGAUAAAACUAUGAUUAUUUGUUAAAGAGUCUCAUACAGAAAUAUCGAAUAUUGUUAAUAUCGGGAAGGGAUUUAACAUAACAGGUUCAACUCAUAAUUGACGUAUAUUGUUUAACAUACGCUGUAUCGUAAACUACUGAAUUGUGUUUUUUUUUGUGUUUCGCUCUUUUGUAUGUAAAUAUUCGUUCGUCACUUUGUAUUUAAAAGGUGACAUUUUUCAUAUUAUAUAUUGUAUGUGUUCUAGACAUUGUUUAAUUUACUAGUCGAAAAUUGCAUGUCUGUCUGUCUGUAAAUUAUGACUUGUAGAAUAGUAUAUUGCUGCUCAUGGAUGUUUUGUUGAUAAUUGCCCAAAGCGAGCUAAAUAAAUGCCCGAAGGUGAUUCCUUUUUAUCCGGACUAUUAUCAAUUUAAAGCCAUGUCAAUUAUUAUUUUAUCCUAAUUAAAAUAUAUGUUCUGCCAUUUGGACUUUUUUGUCAGGUGUUUGUAAAAUAACAUGAUAUGAUUUGU